CUAGCAGCGCCGGGCGGAGUGUGAGGGCACGGCACGGCACGGCACGGCACGGCACGGCACGGCACGGCACGGGCUGAAGAGCAGCAGCAGCGGCGUUUCCCCCGCGAAAGGCCGAGGCGGGCGGGCCCGGUGGUGCUUGCCGCAGCCGUAGCGCUCCCCCGAGGCAGGGGACAGAGGCGCGGUGCCGGUGCCAGUGCGGGGAGAGAGGAGGGCGCGCCCGCCUGCCUGCGCGGGCCCGGCUCGCCACGGUGCCCUGUGAGAAGCGAGAGGAAGGGGGAGGCGGCGGCUGCGGGGAGGAGGGCGCUGCCAUCGUCCUGCUGCACGGCAAGGCCAGCUUGGCAAGCCUGGCCAUGGCCGCGAUCCGCAAGAAACUGGUGGUGGUGGGGGACGGUGCCUGUGGCAAGACGUGCCUCCUCAUCGUCUUCAGUAAGGACGAGUUCCCCGAGGUCUACGUGCCCACCGUCUUCGAGAACUACGUGGCUGACAUCGAGGUGGAUGGCAAGCAGGUGGAGCUGGCCCUGUGGGACACGGCCGGGCAGGAGGACUAUGACCGCCUGCGCCCCCUCUCCUACCCGGACACUGACGUGAUCCUCAUGUGCUUCUCCGUGGACAGCCCGGACUCGCUGGAGAACAUCCCAGAGAAGUGGGUGCCCGAAGUCAAACACUUCUGCCCCAACGUCCCCAUCAUCCUGGUGGCCAACAAGAAAGACCUGCGCAACGACGAGCAUGUGCGCAACGAGCUGGCCCGCAUGAAGCAGGAGCCGGUGCGCACCGAGGAUGGGCGCGCCAUGGCCAUUCGCAUCCAGGCUUACGAUUACCUGGAGUGCUCGGCCAAGACCAAGGAGGGUGUCCGGGAGGUCUUUGAGACCGCCACCCGGGCAGCCCUGCAGAAGCGCUACGGCACCCAGAAUGGUUGCAUCAACUGCUGCAAAGUCCUAUAAAGGCUGCGGCUGGAGCGCUGCGCACAGCGCAUGGGUCACCUGUUGGCAGGCGGAGAGGAGCGGGGUUGUGCACGCACAGGGGAUCCGAUCCGCCUGUCCCUUCCGCUGGGGCUGGCGAUGAAUCGGGCUGGGGGCUAAGGGAGGGAGCACGCUCCCUUAGCCUUGGCUGACAGGGGUUGUGCUGGCUCAGCCGUAGGGACAGAGGGCAGGGGGGGAGGGGGGAUUGCAUGCCCUGAGUCUUGGGAACAAAGCAGGGAGAAGCCUCCUCCUACCACCGGUCCCUGCGAGUUCAUCGCAGACUCGAGAAAAAGCUGCUGAGACUGGACUGAGCAAACGCUGCACCCGCCUCUUCCCCAUUGCCCACCACCUGCUGCUCCCAGCUCCCAGACAGCCUCCUCUCUUUUGCAAGAGGAGAGCGGUGGAGCCCAGAUGCUUGAAGGACUUCUGCCUCCUGCCUGCAUGUGCCUGCCCGCCAGGCGGGCUGGGGAAGGGGGCUGCCUCCCCGGGCUGCCCACAGCAUCCUCACCUCUCCGGCAGAUGUUUCGGCCUGAGCCUGACCUCCUGAAGUUAGUGCCCUGAAGACUGAGACUGGGAGGGGAGGGUCAUCCCUAGCAAAGCCUGUAUAUAUCUUACCUUUUCUGUCUUGUGCAAACUGGGGUCGUGCAGGGGGUGCUUAUUCAAAGAGGUGGGAUGGGGUUGCCCAGCUGGGACUUGUGUUGUGCAAAGGAACUUGCCCUGAGUGACUAAUGCCUGCUGUUAAUGCCAGCCUUCAACUGACUCCAGCUGCAGAAGCCACCAGGCUGGAAAGUGAAGCUGACCUGCUCUGUCCUCAUUGCUGGACAUCCUCCUCCUGACAGACUAGGCAAGAUGAGCCUGGGGGAAGGGGAUGAUAUUGCCAUAUUAUGAUCUUGGUGCCUGCUCCUUCCUUUAAUGUUGUCUUCUGCAAGUGUGUUGGUUUGGGUUUAUUUAGAAGUUUUAUUUUAAAAAGAAAUUACUUUGCACAACUUGGUGGAUUUAUUUUUUUUUUUUUUAAAUUAAAACACUCGAUGCACUUGUCAUCUGCUUACAACACUGUAGCAAUGUUCUUGGAAAUGUUCUUGGUAACCUCAUCUGGGUCUUGUUUUAAAUUGAUUUCAACACAGGAAAAACUAAACCACUGUAUCCUUUUGCCUUCGAAAAAAAUGGGCGAAAGCACUGUUCUUUAUGCAGUGACUACAUCAGACUUUAGUACUAAAGGGCAGUUUAAAGAAUCUAGGUUUAUUUAAAACUUAUUUUCACAGGGUAGCCAACCCAGGUGAAAAUAAUUGUGUUUCUCUGAUUCAGAGAACAAAUGUAUCCAUUUAUGUUUACUUUUCUCCCUCUUCCCUUAACAGUGGUACUGAGACUGUUUUGUUGUUUCAUUUUGUUUUGGUUUUUUUAAAUAAACUGAAGUGGCAAAAACUGAGAUGUAUAUGAUGUUUACAUAAAAUUAUGAACUGUGUAUGCAGUUUUUUAUGUAAAGUAUUAAAAGAUUCUAUGCUGACACUUGA